AUGGAACUCCCGUGGUCCUCUUUGUGCUUAAAUCUAAAUGCCGAAAGGCGACUACCCGAUAUCAGUGGCGUUCAUGAUAUCAAUUCCUAUAUGGAUUUCCCUGGUGAGUGUUGGAGUUUUAGGCACCGUAGAGUUGUGUGAAAUGUCUCUUUUGAGGACACCCAACUGCUACAUCCUUCAAUAUUCCUUUAUGACUUUUUAUUUGUGACGAUCAAGAUGUUACUAUCCGAUCGAUUGGUUUCCACUUAUGAGAUCGUUCAUCUAAACGUGGGUGGACGAAAAUUUUCCACAUCACGCAACACCUUACUGUGGAGUGGAGAUUCUUUCUUCAGUGUCCUCCUAGGUGGUCGGAUUCCCUCUUGUAAGGACGAAGAUGGCGCGUAUUUUAUUGACCGUGAUCCAGAUCUGUUUGCUGUCAUACUGAACUAUCUCCGUACACGGGAGCUAAAUGUGUCAGGGAUAGAUCCCAUCACUCUACGGAACGAAGCUGAAUUUUACGGAUUGGAUUCAUUAGUCAAAAAGCUUUCUCUUUGCGAGGAGGUAUUUACAGGAAAUUGUGGUGAUCUCUUGUUCCACGGGUAUUUCCCCUCACCAUAAAACGCUUUUUUAAUUCCUGAACUAUUUUGUUCUCUUUCCAGUUCUGCGGACGGAAGAAUUGAAAAUUGCUACGGAGUAAGUAGACACUGGUUCUCUGUUUCCACCAUCUUGAGGAGAAAAAGAAAUGUCUCUUUUGAGGACACCCAACUGCUACAUCCUUCAAUAUUCCUUUAUGACUUUUUAUUUGUGACGAUCAAGAUGUUACUAUCCGAUCGAUUGGUUUCCACUUAUGAGAUCGUUCAUCUAAACGUGGGUGGACGAAAAUUUUCCACAUCACGCAACACCUUACUGUGGAGUGGAGAUUCUUUCUUCAGUGUCCUCCUAGGUGGUCGGAUUCCCUCUUGUAAGGACGAAGAUGGCGCGUAUUUUAUUGACCGUGAUCCAGAUCUGUUUGCUGUCAUACUGAACUAUCUCCGUACACGGGAGCUAAAUGUGUCAGGGAUAGAUCCCAUCACUCUACGGAACGAAGCUGAAUUUUACGGAUUGGAUUCAUUAGUCAAAAAGCUUUCUCUUUGCGAGGAGGUAUUUACAGGAAAUUGUGGUGAUCUCUUGUUCCACGGGUAUUUCCCCUCACCAUUUCUGCGGACGGAAGAAUUGAAAAUUGCUACGGAGAAUCCUCAAGAGCCCAUCCCGAAACCCACAGUUUCCGACGCCACGACCAAUCGCGAUCGUCCUUCCCCAACAACUUCCAAUACAGCUCCUGUCACUCUUAUUGCUUGUCACCAAAAUCUGAUGGCAGUCGUCUAUCAAGAUUGUGUUGGUGUUUUCCAUCUUAAAGACCCGACCGGGUGGCAUCUAGUAUGGUUGAGCCCCAGUCUUUCCGCCCCGAUCGACCGUUUAGCUUUGACGACAAAGCACACCGGCACCGUUGGGCUUGGCGUACUUUUCAACCCGCAGGUUGCAGUUGGCUCGGGUGCUUCAUCAUUUUCAGCCGCCUCUUCAGGUCCAACGAUUGCUCCCGCCGUUCAGCAAAACAUUGCACAGCCUGUGCAAGGGUCUUUACCAAGUGUUCCUACAUCAUUUUCCACGACAGGUGCAAGUAGUCCUUCGAUGACUUCAUGCUCUUCGCAACUGCCGGCGCAGGCUGCACAAGCACCGCCCGUACCACCCCAUCAGUCUGCUCCCUCACCAACAGCGCCAGGCAUUAGUGCUUCCGGAUGUAUGGUUGCUGCGGCGGUCGGUUCCACAAUCUCUGUAUGGUGUCUUUACCCUCCACCUUCAAGUGUCAACCCAGCCGUCGCAUCACUUGGUGGGGUAAUGGGUGUCUCUAUUUCACCGGCUACGUAUGGACUUUCGCCGGCGAUUUCAUUUAUGGCUUCAGGUGUUUCAGGAACAACAGGGCACUUCAACACCUCGCUGCCCCGGUCGAACGACCCGUGGGCGAGUGAACUGAUUGGUCGAUUCGAUCUGAACAAACGCGCCGUUGAUUAUCUCAUGUUUAUCGGUGCUAAAUUGGUUGCCUUGAGUCGCCGCGGUCUCGUUGGUGUACGCCACUUGGUGACUAAUACGUGGCAGGUUUGGAGCACAGUUCCUAUCCUGAGCUAUAGCGUCGCGGCUUCCGAACUCCUUCUCCUUGGCUGUGCAAAUGGGCGCAUAUGCAGCAUUAACAUCCAGAAGUUUCCUCUGCGGAUUGGGGACAAUGAUCUGUUGGUCACUGAGAUUUAUCGGGACCCGCUACAGGAUCCGAUUACCGCACUCAGUGUGCACUUCACGCACAAAACCGGUCAGUUCUCUUGUCACAUGAAUAACUCUAGUCUUGUGCAGUUUUUGAAGAACGCUAGAUCUAUGGAAUCGCUAGACACACGCGCGCAGAGGGCCAGAGAUGUUCUCAUUCGACAACUGACCGCUUACUCGCAUCCGACAACUCUAAACAAGCGUCAGAAUGAUUUAUCUCUGAAUCUGAAGGGACGUGUGUAUCAAGCUACAGUACGGGCUAUCUUGUUGUAUGGCUGUGAGACUUGGCCUAUUCGAGCAGCGGAACUGAGACGUCUUCAGGUGUUUGACAGUCGUCUCAGAACCAUAGCUCGUGUGAGUUGGUGUCGGCGAAUCCGUAACGAGGCAGUUAGAAAGCGUGUUUUCGGUUGUGUAACGGCGUCGUCUGGUCGUAACUGCAUGGAAAUCGCUUACGGGACUCUGUCCGGUCGUGUCUGCCUUAUUGUUCAGUACCCGGAAAAUGUGGGCUAUAGUCCACAGCUACUCCAGACUUUCACGGUUCACCGUGCCAUGGUCACCCGGGUUGUUCUAUCGGAGAAACACUUGAUUUCGGUCUGCAAUGAUUUUAACCACGUCCGCACUUGGGCUGUCACCCGGUUCCGUGGAAUCAUCAGUACCCAACCCGGAUCCACUCCGAUCGCAUCAUUCCACAUCACCACUCUGGACGUCACAAAUCCACAGACGCUCACGGAUUCUGUGAUCGAAGCAGCGCAGCUUUGUGCAACAGCCACCCGCCUGUCCAACCCGUCACGUGAUAUUGUUCGAACCCAUUCGCAAGUGAUACCAACCAGUGCAGAGCAAACCCGCUGUCCCUCGCAGUCUCAAGCGGCCUUCCGGUUUUCGCAAUGGCGGCGCCGCACUUCCCAUUCCAGGUCUCCUGGUUCCACCUUGGACCGGAACGAUCCGACAAAUCCGGUAUCACAACCUGUCGAUUUGACACCAUCGAGUCCUCCGAUGCCUGCAUCAAUAGUUUACACUCAAGUCGAUCGGUCCCAGUCCCUUGGUCGAUCUGAUAUAGUCUCUCCCACGGACUCAGGAAAUUUCGCUCAGCUUCGGGGAUCGACAGUGACCACUGAUAUCGUAGUGUUACCACGCACUUCGUGGCUGCACGAAGAUCCCGGCAGCACCAGUGCUCGAACCAGUGUGGUAACCAACGGGGCUCAAGGAAACAGUUUACACGAUCCCCAACCAAUGGAACGGCUCCAACACUCUUCAGCUCCCGGUGAGCAGCCAAAUCUUCCCACUGUUGGUCGUUGCCAGACGUUUCAUGGCCCGCCUAUGGCCCCAAUCGUCACCCCGGACUCUACUGUGUCACCGAGCCCCCUUCCUGUGUACCGCAAUCCCCGCACGGACAAGAACCGUUCCACGCCGAUUAUUGAAUUGCAUCGGUAUGCCAAUGAUCCUGGACCGUAUGGAGAACGUGAAGACAUAUUGGUUUUUGUACAGAAAUUCACCCCAAAUGCCACUCAGUUGUUCGUGCGGUUUGGUGCUACUGGGAAGCGAGUUUGCGUAAUUCGGUCGGUUGAUGGAACCCCGAUAAGCUCUUUUUGUGUACACGAGCAUGAUGGAUCUAAUAGGGUCGGUGCACACCCGCGGCGCUACAUCUUCACCGGACACACAGAUGGAUCAGUCCAGGUUUGGGAUCUUACAACUGCGCUGAACUCAAUGAAAUGUGUCGCAGCCGGUCUGGCACCUGGAAAUCCGUUGCUCGGGUUCGAUGGAAGCUUCAGUCCCGACCUCUCAACCUCUGGAACCGUCUCUCUCGGGGUGGCCAGUAACCCUACUGUAUCAAUUACACCCGGCAGUAUCGGACCACUUGGUGUUCUGCCCCACAAUGCAACUCACGCGCCAUCCCAGUCGGCCUACUUGACCGGUGGUCCCACUUCGCGUGAACUGGUUCGCCUGCUCGAAUCAUGCCGAUUGGGAACUUCCACUACGCCCAGCCUUGCCGGUUACUCUCCCGGACGCCUGACUCCGGCUGAUUCUUUCAGUUCUAUUUGUCCAAAUGGUCCUAUCACACACUACCUUCACAUGGUUGUGCGAAAAGAGCCCUUCGAGGAAGUCGGUCGACUGGCAUACGCAGCACGUGGCCAAGCCAGCGCAACCUAUGCGUUGUGA